AUGUGCGCUCUCCUCUUCGAUUUGGUCAAGCCGGUUUUCACUUUCUCAAACCUGAAUAAAAAGGGCGACAGCUUCAGUAUAGUUUUUAUCGAGACCAACGCCGAUCAGUUCACACUGGUUUUCGCCAACUGUUUCGGGAACCAGCUCAAGGUUUUGAUGGAUGUGAGAUCGGCGAUGUACAAUCUCGACGGGAAGAGUCAACGGCGUGACUAUCUCUCCGCUGGAAAAACAAUUUUGCCUAGGGUUUACUUCUCGUUAUCCUUGGGCUAUUUCUUCCUCGCCGAGCUUUGGAUUUCCGUUUUGUACAAGAAGCAAUUGACUGUGUUCUGCAUCCAUUUCUUCAUGCUCACAGUUCUAAUUCUCAAAGCUCUGAAUCUCCUCUGUGAAGCCGAAGACAAAUCGUACAUCAAGUGCACCGGUAGCGCUCACGAUUGGGAUGUGUUGUUCUAUAUCUUCAGUUUCUUGAAAGGAAUCACGCUCUUCACGCUGAUCGUUUUGAUCGGAACUGGAUGGUCGUUUUUGAAGCCGUAUUUGCAAGAUAAGGAGAAGAAGGUUUUGAUGAUUGUGAUUCCUUUACAGGUUGUGGCGAAUAUAGCUAAGGUUUUGGUGCCGAGGAAGAAAAGCUUGGAGCAAUGCGAAGAGCUGGAGGGUAGUAAACUUCAUCGGUUCCCCUUAGAGCAGUAUUAG